GCCGCUCGGAGCCGCCGGAGCCGCCGGAGCCGCCGCGCCCGCGAUGGAGCCCAACAGCCCCCGCAAGAUCCAGUUCACGGUCCCGCUGCUGGAGCCGCACCUGGACCCGGAGGCGGCCGAGCAGAUCCGGAGGCGCCGCCCGACCCCGGCCAAUCUUGUCCUGAGCAGUGACCAAUCGUCCCCAGAGAUCGACGAGGACCGGCUGCCCAACCCCCUGCUGAAGUCCGGCCUGGCCAUGUCCCCCCGGCAGAGGAAGAAGGUGUCCCGCAGCACCCCCACCAUGAAAGAGCUGCAGAUGAUGGUGGAGCAUCACCUGUGCAAGCAGGCGCAGGGCGGCGACGACGACGAAGAGGUGGCGGCCACCGCCCGCUGCCAGCGCGGCGACACCGAGCCCGAGCACCGGCACAGCCCCGGCGCGGCCCCGGGCAGCCACCGGACCCCCGGGGAUGGGACACCCCAAGCGGGGACACCCCGGGCCGGGACCCCCGGGGCCGUGCGGCGCAGCCGGGCUGAGGACGGGACCCAUAUAGAGCCUGGGGACAGCGCGGGCAGCGGCCACUAGGUGUGGCCGCCGGACACCAGCGCAGAUUUUUUUAAUUCCAUUUUCUAAGAUUUUGGGGCUGCCCAGAAUUCUUUUGGGAUUUUUUUUUAUUUAUUUUAUUUUAUUUUAUUUUACUCCCAUGGGCAGGUCCCCAAUGGCGGGGGGGGGGGCGGUCCUGGGCUGUCCCCCCCCGGGGACCUCAGGGCAGGUGACACGUGCCACCCCCCCACCCGCACUGCCACCCUUGGGUGACACCGGGGACACUGAGUGACACCCUGCGUGUCCCCACCCGCACUGCCAGCCCCGGGGCGGGUGACAAGUGCCACCCAACCCCCCCCGGUGACACUGGGGACACUGAGCAGACCCCCCCCCCAAUCACUGCCACCCUCGGGGUGUCCCCUGAACCCCCCCCCUCCACCUGUGCGCACCUGGGGGGGACACC